CCGUACAUUUUCAUAACUCCACAGACUGUAUUUCCUUCAUCAGCGGCUGGGUGACGGAGUCGGUGACGACUUCAUACGUUAGAUUUUUUCAUUUCGAGGCUUUGGAAAGGAAUAUAAACUAAAGUACAGCACUGGGUGUCGCGUCGUUAACGAAGGCUGUAUCUCGCUAAAAUGAUGGAGAUUGAGUUGCCUAAAAUGAACCCAAGUCAACAGGAUAUGGAUCUGAUUGACAUCCUGUGGAGGCAGGAUAUAGACCUGGGAGCAGGCAGGGAGGUGUUUGACUUCAGCUACAGGCAGAAGGAGGUGCAGUUGCAGCGGCAGAGGGAGCUGGAGGAGGAGAAGAGGCAGCAGAGAGUGAGAGAGCAGGAGAAAGCUCUGCUCGCCCAGCUACAGCUUGAUGAAGAGACUGGAGAGUUUGUGCCUCGGCCCACCCCUGCCAACAAUGCUCUGACGCACGCCAACACUGCACCUGCAGAGAUCACACAGAAUGUGGCAUUCACUGAAGAGAAUGGAGAUGCCAUGUCGUUCGAUGAGUGCAUGCAGCUGCUGGCAGAGACAUUCCCUCUAGUAGAGUCAGCAGAGACUGCUGCUCCUUGCCUGGAUCCCUCCAUUCCUCCCUCCACAGACAACAGCCAUGUAAUGAUGCCUGGAGAAAUGCCCAUGCUUACCCAGAAUCCCCUGAUGCCAGGCCCUAUGGACCAGACCUGGAUGGAUCUGCAACACUGCUUGAACAUCCAGGAAAUGUUGGACAUAUCAGGAUAUGUGAACCCAGCCCCUGCUACCAAUAUACAGGAGUCAAACUACAGCCAGUAUCUGCCUGAAUUGGGAGACAUCCCCACUAACACUGCAGAAAUGUGCCCUCCUGCUUACAUAAACACCUUUGACGGAGCUUUUAACAGUGUGGUGCCCCCUAGCCUAAAUCAGAUAAGUCUGAAAGCUGAAGAUAUAAAUGAAGGCUUUGCAUCUGAUGAUUUUUCAGACAUAUUCUACCCUGAUAUGGAGGCUAAAGUGAAUAGUGCAACUCUUCCGUGCGAUGGGGCAAACACAGUGGACCAACUGGAAGAGCUAUCCAGUGACCCCCUCCUGAAACCCAUGGACCUGCACAGCCUUUCUCCUGGAGACUUCAGCGUAGGAAAACCCGAAGCCAUGGCAGAAUUUCCAGAUUCUGACUCCGGUUUGUCCUUGGAUGCCAGUCCCAAAAUGAGCUCUCCCGAAAAAUCCCUGAACGGAGAUGGUUCCUUUGGUUUCAGCGACUCAGACAUGGAUGACACAGAGGAUGGUCCUGAGAGUGCAGAAUCAGAUUAUGCAGAGAUGUUUCCCCUGCUGUUCCAAAGUGACAGUCCCCAACAGUCCCUCACAGAGAAAUCACCUGUGAGUCAGGCAGAAGAGAGUGAGAUCAAACGGCCUAAGUCAGAGCCAGCAGAGGCCAGCGGCUUCUCCAAACCUCCGUUCACCAAAGACAAACAGAAGAAGCGCUCAGAGGCACGGAUCUCGCGUGAUGAACAGAGAGCAAAGACCUUGCAGAUUCCCUUCACCGUGGACAUGAUCAUCAACCUGCCUGUGGACGACUUCAACGAGUUGAUGUCCAAGCACCAGCUCAACGAGGCCCAGCUGGCGCUGGUCCGGGACAUUCGCCGCCGUGGCAAGAACAAGGUGGCGGCGCAGAACUGCCGCAAGCGCAAGAUGGAGAACAUCGUGGGCCUGGAGUACGAGCUGGACUCUCUGAAGGAGGAGAAAGAGCGGCUGAUGAAGGAGAAGAGCGAGAACAGCAACAGCCUGAGGGAAAUGAAGCAGCAGCUGAACUCCCUGUACCUGGAAGUGUUCAGCAUGUUGAAGGAUGAGCAGGGCAAGCCCUACUCGCCCAACGACUACUCCCUACAGCAGACGUCCGACGGCAGCGUCUUCCUCGUCCCCCGCAUCAAAAAGACUCUCAUCAAGAGCGACUAGCACUUUUUCUGCUUCCUUCUUCUUGGUACUGCAUAUUCUCUAGCUACUUACUAUGCAAAACAAGAAAAAAAAAACUUUAUAGGUGUUUAUGCUUAAGCUUUAGCAGUAAACAUGGCAGAACUAUUAUAUAGUUUUUGCUUAUCGUACUUUCUUAAUAUUCUUACUAUCUUAUUUUGUACUUCUUUAUACUUUAUCUGAGAUUGUUUUAUCUUUAUGGUUUGUAAAUACAUUUAUACUUUAUUUGCUAUUGAAAUAUCAAACAGUGUACUGUAUAUAUAUCAUGUUUUAGGAUGCUAUCAAUUUUGUUGCAAUCACUGGCACUCAAGUAUGUUUUUAUAUCUUAAUUUACAAUUCUCUUGCAAUUUUAUCUCUUCAUGCUUUUUAAAAAUAAAACAUUCAUUUAAUCAG